AUGAUUGUUGAGCGAUUGAUCGUUCUUGUGGCAGCAUUGAUGGAAACUCGGUUGGUCGUCGCUGCGAAUUACGCGUAUUCCGUGCGUAGGCCUGCCUGGGCUCGACGUGACUUGGAGCCCGUGGCACAGAUGAGCGUGCGCCGCUUGCCGCAGAAAGCUGUGCGCACAAGAACACCACAGGUGUCUCGUGCCAGAAGUGCUGUUCUGCGACAAGUUCUUCGUUUUGGCGAUGAAAUUCAGCGCAAAGGACCGUCUCCACAGGCCAGAAGCAACCGCAUCGACGGAUAUGACGUUUUCAGCGAGAAAACAGCA